AGGUGAAGUCAGUAAUGAAGAUUCCGCCACCGCACCAGGCUCACUAACUGUCGCACUUGUUUAUUUUUGAGAUAAGUUCCAGACGACGGUGAGCUGAUCUGCAACGCAGAGAAGACAUGGCACGCCUAGUAGCAGUUUGCAGGGAAGGCGAGGAGGACUACCCGUUUUUGGCGAGACAGAUUCCCCUGUAUAUUGAUGACACACUCACGAUGGUGAUGGAGUUUCCUGACAGUUUCCUGGACGUUGAAGGCACUGACAUAGUCCUUCCUCACUGGAAGCAAUUUUCUGAGUAUUAUUCCAAGCUGAAGCAGCAGGACCUGAAUAUCGCCUUUAUGGUGUCGUCCAGAGAGGUGUACAGCGCGCUAUCCCAGCUGGUGCCGUGCGUGGGCUGCAGACGAAGUGUGGAGCGCCUCUUUUCUCACUCAGUGGAGAUGGGGAACCCAGCGCUGGAGCCCCUCACAGUGAAACCCAAGGGCAUGCUCACUGUCACCAAGGCUUGUUUGGCAGACAUGAAGAAACUUUAUACCCUAUUCUAUGUCCAUGGGUCAAAGUUAAAUGACAUGAUUGAUGCCAUUCCAAAAAGUAAAAAGAAUAAGCGCUGCCAGUUGCACUCCUUAGACACCCACAAACCUAAACCCCUGGGGGGAAGUUGGAUGGACGUGUGGGAGCUGAUGUCUCAAGAAUGCAGGGACGAGGUGGUCCUCAUCGACAGUGCCUGUCUGCUUGAGACGCUGGAGACGUACUUGCGGAAACACAGGUUUUGCACAGACUGUAAGAAUAAAGUGAUCAGAGCAUACAACAUCCUGGUUGGAGAGGUGGACUCCAGUGAGGAGAAGGGAUACUGUGCCGCUCUGUACGAGGGUCUCUGCUGUUGCCCCCAUGAGCGGCACAUCCACGUGUGCUGCGAAACGGACUUCAUCGCUCACUUACUCGGCAGGGCAGAGCCUGAGUUCUCAGGAGGUUACGAGCGCAGAGAGAGACACGCGAAAACGAUCGAUAUUGCACAAGAGGAAGUUCUGACCUGUCUGGGCAUUCAUCUCUACGAGCGGCUGCACAGAAUCUGGCAGAAACUCCGAGCUGAGGAACAGACGUGGCAGAUAUUGUUCCAUCUGGGUAUUGAUGCACUACGGAAAAGCUUUGAGAUGGCAGUGGAGAAGAUGCAGGGCAUCAGUCGGCUCGAGCAGUUUGUGGAGGAACUGUCAGAGGAGGAGAGAGCCAAAGAACUGAAACUGGAGAAGAAGAGACAGAAACGGAAAAACCGACGCAAAAACAAGUGUGGUUUUGAUAUGUCUGAACAGGAGGCAGAGAACAAGGAGAAAAUCUUGGAUGAGGGUUCCUUUGAUUCAGUUGAGGGCAGCUGUAAGGCCUGUGGUAGCCACGAUGAGGAAGAGGAAGAAGAGGCUGGGUGUGAAGAGACAGUGACCACCAGCAGAAACGCCUCCUGUAAGUGCUCAGAUAACACCAAGACAGAUUUGUCCCACAACAGUAAUGGCAGCGACUGCGGCUACUCAUCAAGUAUGGAGGGCAGCGAGAUGGGAUCACGAGAAGGCUCUGACGUCGCCUGCUCCGAGGGCAUGUGCAACCACGAAGCAGGUCCAGGGGAUUACCCAAACGUCCACCACUGUGUCGAAGACAAAGAGGAGGACGGGACAGACAGCUGUGUGGACUGCUGGCCGCACUCUGAGGAAAACGGUCAGUGCAAGAGUAAAAAGAAGAAGAAAAAGGGCAAGAGCUGCAAUGAUCAGGAGUCAAAAACCGAAGGUUGCACGCCGUCGGACGGGAACACCACAGGCCACAAUCUGACAUCAGCAAACACUUGUCGAACCAAAGAUAUUUUUUCCUCCUUAUGUGGCGAUAAGCUCGCUAACAUUGCACUACGGUCGCCAUGGGCAGUCCAUCAAAGCAAUCUCAGCCUUCACAUGAGGCCGACAAAGGCAAAUUUAAGUCUGGUGGAACUCCUGGACGAUUCGGACGUAACUUCCGAUGAAGAGAGCGGUCUGACGCAGGAUGAAAUCCAGGCAUUUCUAGAACAGAACCAGUCCUUCUACAGCAACCGCCUCCAGUACCGACAGCUCCUCAAGGAGAAAUUCACCAACUACUGCCGUGCCACUGAGCGGAGCAAGCGAGUCUGUGGAAAGUGGUUCGCCACGACCAGCGUCAAGUAACGUCAUCGUGCCGUGGAGAAUUUAAAAGCACUCGUGACCACUGCUGCAAGGUUGUUUAUAAAAAGAUACAUUUCAGAUGUAUCAUUCGGUGUCUUGUUGGGUCAUUUCUUUAAAAUCAACGUGAUUUAUGAAUUGUUUUUCUCCUUGAGAUCUUUGAUUCUUUUGCACUUGUACACUGACGCAGUUGUUCAUCUCUAUUUGCCACAUUCAUACAUGUUAGUUGUUCUCUUUGACCAAGCCUAGCUAUUUAUUGUUGGUCUUGUGUAGGGUUUCGGGGUUAGAGCACAGUGGAAUAAGAAAUCAAGUUUUGCAAGCUGUGAUAUUAGGGAAGAAUUUUAGUCUUAUUUUUAUUUUUGUUUCCAUUUUUUUUCUCUCUCUUCUUUAUGGUGGCACUUCAGUGUAGUGCUUACAGGUUGCACCAUGAAAUGUGUACAGAAGUAUAAAUAUAAAAAUUUUACAGAGAAUAAACAUCCAUUUGUAAUAAAUUUGGGGUGUGUUAAAAGCGCAAUGUUAAGAAAAAUUUACUAAAUAAAGAGUAUUUAUUAAUAUGGA